AUGAAACUGUUUCAAUACCCUGAUACAUCAAUGGUGACCAUAUUGAGACAUCCGGCUACGCUAUUCAGAUCACUAUAUACCUUUUUCCGGAUGGAUAUCCCGGUUGGUAUGACUUUUCAAGAAUUCUUGAACUCACCAGUAAAGCCAGCAGUUCUAACAGGCUUUGAUAGUGAUAAGGCUUACAGAGGAUAUAACCAAAUGAGUGUAGAUUUAGGAUUUGAUCUGGAACAUAGUAAGAAUCAGACCGCUAUUACCGAAUUCAUUAUGAAAAUAGAUAGAGAAUUUGAUUUGGUCAUGAUAAUGGAGUACAUGGACGAGUCGUUUGUUUUGUUAGCCAAUUUAAUGGGAUGGCCUUUGGAAUAUGUAGCUUCUUUGAAACUAAAUAGCAGACUUCCAGGAUCAGAAGACACAUGUAAGAGACAAUAUGGAGAAGAUAACUUGAGCCGACAAGUUGAGAAAUUACAAAUCAUCAAUAAAAAUUUCGAGGAAAGAUGUGUGGCUGAAGCAGUUAUACGUUUGAAUAGGGGUAGUUUGGAAAGGAUAGAGUAUGUUGCAAAGAAUAAAUCAGAUAUGGAAUGUGUUUAUUCGAUACAGGUGUCUCCUGUAUUGGCAAAAAUGGUUCGUGAUAUUCAAACCAAGAAACAAAACCAGUUGAGAAGAGGAUGA